UCCGGUUCCGGACAGCGCAAGAGACCGCAGCCGCACCCACUUUCCCCGUCUGUCUUUCUUCUCGGCGGAGGCGGAGGCGACAGGAAGGCGAACGACGAACCCUAGCCGCGCGAGGAACGCCCAGAUCCCCAAGGCCGGCGACGAUGGCGAUGGCGGCGGUUCGCUGCGCCGCGAGGAGGCUCGGUGGCUCCCUGCUCCAGCCAACGCAGGCGGCGGUCGCGGAGGAGGGACGCCGCCUCGUGCCAAGCAGGUUCAUGCGCUCCCGCCACCUCUCCACCAAGCAUGCUAGCGAGACCUGGAUGGAAAAGAAGAUGCAGAAGUUGAGAUCUAUGUGGGCCCAGUACAAGGCGGACAUAGAGAGAAGGAUGAGGGAACCUCCAGAAGAGGAUGAGUUUAAGUUGCUUGUCGAGUCCUACGCACGUACGAUUGAUGGUGUGGUCCAUGGAACUGCCAAGAUGGCACUUCUCUGCAUCAUUCCAUUUGCCCUUUUUGCCGGCGACAACAACAAGGGGGUAGAAGCAGAGUCUGUUACCAAGGAAGACCAGUGAAGACAAACAUCCAAAGACGAGAACCAAAGAUGGACCCCUACUUGUUUUCAGUUAAAUUAUGAUGACCUGCAGUUUCGCUAGCGAGCACUAUGCUAUCGUUGUGAUUUUGUGUAACAUGGUACCAUCUAUUCGACAUGAAACUUGUAGGUUGAUGAGAACAUGCAUUGCAUAGCUUGUAUGGUCACUGGCAUGCAUUUUGCUGCUACUGGAGUGCUUGAAUCAACUUAGAGGUGUUAACUCUUCUUCUGAAA